CCAGGGUGUUUUUCAGCUCGAUACCGAUUUCCUCGGACCUUAUUUCAGCCCGGACUGUUCCCUCUAAUGACGGUGCUGCAGGUAACCUUUGCCGUAAUUGGCUGGACGGCCGACUCCUGACCAAUCAUGGUUAGGCUGCCGUAACACUCAUCCCGCCUUAUGGCUACUCUCGUACGGCCUCUUCUAAAUCUGGUUAGGUUUCUAGCCAUCUAAGAGCCUCACCUUGUUUUUUGACAUUUCUGAUACUCAAUAUAUAAUGCCUACGAAGACCAUGGACAACUUUCCAUCGGAGGCCUCUGGAUAUGAACGCCUUCGAUUCAGGAUUUGCGUAUCCCAACCAGUCACGAUGAAAGAUGACUGCGCCAGCGAAACGAUAUGCUACCUCGCAAGAUUGGGCAAGAUUACAAGAUGUCAUCAUGCGCUUGUACCUCGACGAAGACAAGACUCUCGAGGAAGUGAAAUUGUUUAUGGAGGAACAUCAUGAAUUCUUUGCUACUGUUUCUAUGUAUAAGAAGAAAUUCACAGCAUGGGGUGCCUUCAAAAACCUCCGUUUGGAUGAGGUUCUUCGGAUCCUGCACUUGAAGAAGCUUCGCGAUGCAGACCAGAAACAAUCCCUGUUCUUUAUCAGGAAUAGGCCUGUCGAUCAUUGCAGUCUUCAGGUUUAUCUAUCACGAAAUCCUACCGUCUUCGCAAAACUUGAAGCUGGUGCGGAACCUAGCGUAGAAGCGAUUCGAGAUGUCAGCUGUCGAACUCCUCCUCCACCCGUGUCUCCGUCGUUAUCUUCAAAACGACUUUCACCAUCACCAUCGCCAUCACCAUCGCCAUCGCCGUCGCCGUCGCUGUCACCAUCACUAAGAACUCCAUCACUUAGAACUCCGUCGCCUAGGUCUUCGCCGUCUAGGUCCCCAUCGCCGGUGGUACAAUGUAAUAGGCUCUCGCCUGUCCCUGAGGACAUGCUUCGAUCGCUCCACACUUAUUUAGAUCAGUCUUUUGCAUCAGACCUUUGGUCUUGGUCGGACAGCCGCUGCUGGAAUACCCGCGGAAGAAAUGGGCCCGCAGGGCUUUUAAGUGCAGUUCUUGAUAGAUGCAUAACAGCAGGUUUAUCGAUGACCCGUCAGGUUGAACCAGCUGCCAUUCGCCAUGCUCUUGACGUUCCCUUCGCUAUGUUAAUCAGAGUUUUCAGAAACCCCCCGCCCAUAAUGAUUCCCAAAUUGGUUUCAGCAACUGCCCAUCUAAAUCGAAUUGGACGCGGAGAAAUUGGAUGUUUGCUGUUACAAUUUACUCGAGAUCUCACGGUAACACUGUUUAGUGAAGAUCAUCCUCUCGCGAAAUUCUGGACUAGCCUCAUAUCAAUCCCUCAACUCGAGCAACAGGAUGCCAUGGGUCGCAUAUUAUCUUUAUGUGUAUCUGAAUACAGCACGCGAUUAGGAGAGGCUCACCCAUUGACCGUUGAAGCAUAUCUUAAAUAUUUCGACACGGUAGAACGGGAAAAAGACCCCCGAGUACAGAUACAGAGCCUUGGGCAUCAAUUAUCAAAGAUUGGCAGGAAUUUUGCCGACGGGUCUUUACUGGGCUUACUUAAACUGGAGCAUGCGUUGGCGACUUGCAAAUUAAAUUUGGAACAGCAGCGUUUGGAUAAGGCGGAAGAGGCUCUAAUUCGCUUGAACUCUAGUUUUCUUGUGGCCAGAGACGAAUCUUUUCGUUGCAUUUGGCUUGGAUAUAUUCAAUGUCUGAAAGGGAAUUUUCAAGCAGCUGAAAGUUACUACAAGAAUUCAGUGUUAGCGGCGAAGAGAACUGGGUCUCGGGAUUGUGUGCUCGAAGCACUCUUUCAACUCGAGAGAUUCUUCUUACAUUCCAAAAAACCGUUAGAAGCAGAGAGCAUUCGCGCCGAGAGAUUUCGUAUACUUCGCAGAGAUUCUCUCAUCUGGACGGAUCAAGAGGGUUCGCCACAUUCUCGAGGCUCCACGCCUGGCCCUUCGGUUAUGAUAUUACAUAUCGGUUCUGAUGACUCUAGUGCUAGAUGGCGUCCUUCUGCAUUUGCUGAGAUAACUGAGUAUGUUAACGCAUCACGCUUCAUACCGUGACAUGCACAUGGGUUCCAAAGCAUUCUUCAGCGUCCAAGAUAUUAUAAAUCAAAUGCUGCCUUAAUACUAGUUUACCCCUAUUACUCCAAACCCCACCUUUUGAGUUGAUGUGAUGUUUUUCAUUUAACAAGUCUAAUAGGUGUCUGUUAAUUUCUCCAGUUGAUAGGUUACGGAGCGCCGUGGAGCACCGCCGUGGAGUUCCGUGGAGUU